AGGCGGGACAUAGCCUAACGUCUGCAGGGGGCGGAAGUUCGUUUUGACAUAGAGAACAAGUCUGCAGUUCCGGUAUUUCGGUAUAGAGAAACUGCAGAUAACGGGUUUUUGUGGAUUUUAUUCCUGUUGACCAAGAUCGGAGUAGCUGGUGGGGUAAUAAUGGGGUGCGGUGAAUUUACGUGCUCCAAAAAUGCUCUGUGCGCUGUAAACGUGGUUUAUAUGAUGGUGGGCCUUUUGCUGACAGGAGUGGCUGCAUGGGGUAAAGGCUUUGGAAUUGUUUCCAGCAUACCCAUUAUUGGAGGAGUUAUUGCAGUUGGUGUGUUCCUGCUAAUCAUAGCCAUAGUUGGACUUGUUGGAGCCAUCAAUCACCAUCAAGUCAUGCUGUUUUUUUAUAUGGUUAUUUUGUUUCUAGUCUUUAUUUUUCAGUUUGGUGUGUCCUGUUCUUGUCUGGCCAUGAACAAAGGUCAGCAGAAAGCUCUCUUGAGUUCUGCCUGGGGAAUUGCAUCAAAUGAAACUCGUAAUACAGUUGAAAAAAAUUUAAACUGCUGUGGAUUUAUGAAUGAUACCAGAAAUGCUGAACAAUUUAAAAUGGACUAUACACUUUGUGGAGCCCCAUGUAAGCGAAAUGGAAGCCAUUGUGAAACCUGUGGUGAUAAAAUGUUGGCACAUGCAGAUGAAGCUCUGAAAAUCAUGGGCGGAGUGGGAUUAUUUUUCAGUUUUACAGAGCAUCACACAGAGUUGGAGGGAACUGAAGUUGACAUGAACAGCCCAGAUCUCUGUGCCCACAAAACAUGGGAACCACAGUUUUACAUUUAG